CAGGGCGGCGACGCAUCAGCAGUCGGCUCCAAUCUUGCUCGGAGUUGGGAGAUGUGAGGUGGAGAGGUGGUGCGGCAGCGGGAGGGGGAGACAAUGUGCCGCUUGGAUGGGGUUUCUGCUCCUAUCUAACCUUCCCCUUAUCGAAGCCGCGUCUGGUUGCGCAGCGUUAGCCCGGGCGAUAACAUGCCAGCAACUUUGGAUUGAUGGAAUAGGGGCUGCUUCCCAAGUGGGAAGCCUCCCACUCAUCUAGGAAUGGAGUCUGAGACAACAGCAACCACCAUUUUGGCCUCAGUCAAAGAACAGGAGCUCCAGUUUGAAAGGCUUACGAGAGAGCUAGAAUUGGAACGGCAGAUUGUUGCAAAUCAGCUAGAAAGAUGCAAGCUGGGAACUGAAUCACCAAGUGGCGCAAGUGUCAGCAGCUCAACUGAAAAAUCCUUCCACUGGAGGCCAACAGAAGAAUCAACAGGAGGAAUUAAUCGAUGCAGGGUUUCAGAAAGCACGCAUCCCCAAUCCUUUAAUAUUGAAACAGGCCGUGAACAAUUGCCAAUUCUCGGAACUGAACAAACAUCUCUUCAUGAAAGUGAGGGAUCUAUCGGAAACUCGCGAAGCUCUACACAAAUGAACUCCUAUUCUGAUAGUGGUUACCAGGAUACUGGCAGUUACUACAGCAGCCAGAAUUUGAUCAAGGCUAUCCCAAGAAGUCUACAGGAAUCUGUUCACAGUAGCACUAACAGUAAUCACCUAACACGAAAUUCUAGGCCAGAGGGACAGACAGUAGGCCAGGGUCCAAUGAAUGUUGCUGUUACCACAAGUAGGGCAAUGAGGAGAGUUAGCUCAGUUCCAUCUAGAACACAAUCACCAUCUUAUGGUACAGGAAUGUCACCAUCAAGGGGGUCUCUUAGAACAUCACUAGGGAGUGCGUAUGGCUCACCAGCAUUAACCGAACCUCGCUCCAAUAACUCUACGGUGUAUUUGUCCUCAACGUUGCCAGCUCAGAGAGCAGGCUCUCCACGUACUACACAGCGAUCAACAUCACCAGCUACAAUCAGACGAAUUGGUUCAGUUACAAGACAGCUCACUAGUUCCAGCAGGGCGACAUCUCCAUAUCAGACUUUGGGCUCUUCAUUGAGAAUGGGUUCGCCCCUCGCCUUAACAGCUGUACAAACAAGAGUAAGCUCUUCACCCCAAGCUCAAACCGGAUCAUCAUCUCCAGCAAGGUCCACAAUGACUGCUGUUCCUCAGCGUAUGGUAGCACCACUACAAAGGUCUCAUGCCAUUGAUGGUGAUUUUUAUUGUCUCCAGUCACCAGAAAUCUAUGAGAGGAUGGUUCCAACACGGCCAGACAGCCUUGCAGGAUUACGUAGUUCAUAUGCCAGUCAGCAUAGUCAAUUGGGAAAUGAACUGCAUUCUGCCAUGUCGCCUGAUUUACAUAUUACUCCCAUCUAUGAAGGAAGAACACUUCAAAGCCCAGUUUUUUGCAGCCCCAGUCAUGCAGGUGUGGAGCUUCAUCACGGCACUCAAACUGCAGUAUUCCGUGCAGGCUCAGCCAUUGGAAACCUGCAACGAUCAGCCAGUCAGCGUAGCACAAUGACUUACCAAAGAAGUAACUUUGCUCUAAAUUCACUGGGUAAUUACGGUGAUCCAUACAGAGCAGUUCAGUACCGGCCAUCUGAAUCUAAUUAUUCUCGACUUCAUUAUAACAUUCCAGCUGAUGAAACUACAACAAGAUCCCCAUCAAUUGACAGCAUACAGAAGGAUCCAAGGCAGUUUGCUUGGCGUGACCCAGAGUUACCAGAAGUGAUUCAUAUGCUCCAACACCAGUUUCCUUCAGUUCAAGCUAAUGCAGCAGCCUAUUUACAGCACCUCUGUUUUGGAGAUAACAAAGUGAAAACAGAGGUAUGCUUAUUAGGUGGAAUUAAAUACUUAGUUGAUCUUCUGGAUCAUAAAGUGCUGGAAGUACAAAAGAAUGCAUGUGGUGCCCUUCGCAAUCUGGUUUAUGGAAGAACAACAGAUGACAAUAAAAUAGCUGUGAAGAAUGCUGGUGGAAUUCCAGCUUUAUUGCGCUUGUUAAGAAAAACUGUGGAUGCUGAAAUGAGGGAGCUCAUUACUGGAGUCCUCUGGAAUUUGUCUUCAUGUGAUGCAGUGAAGAUGCCAAUUAUCCGUGAUGCUCUAACAACUCUCACAAACAGUGUAGUGAUACCUCAUUCUGGAUGGAGCAGUUCUUCUUUUGACGAAGACAGGAAAGUGAAAUUCCAUACUUCAUUAGUACUACGAAAUACUACUGGAUGUCUAAGAAAUCUUAGUUCUGCGGGUGAAGAGGCUCGAAGGAAAAUUCGAUCUUGUGAGGGUUUGGUGGAUUCCCUACUAUAUAUAAUCCAGAUGUGUGUGAACACUGCAGAUUAUGAUAGCAAGACUGUUGAAAACUGUGUUUGCAUCCUGAGAAACCUGUCGUAUCGUUUGGAACUAGAAGUUCCACAGGCUCGUUUGAUGGGAACAAGUGAACUUGAUGGAUUACUUGGUAGUGACUCUCCCAAUAAAGAUACUGAGACCAGUUGCUGGGGUAAGAAGAAGAAAAAAAAGAAAAAAGAACCACAAGAAGAUCAGUGGGAUGGAGUAGGUCCAAUCCCUGGAUUUUCUAAAUCUCCUAAGGGAGUUGAAAUGUUGUGGCAUCCUUCAAUUGUGAAACCCUAUCUCACACUUCUUGCUGAAAGUUCAAACCCAGCUACAUUGGAAGGAUCUGCUGGAUCCCUACAGAAUUUAUCUGCAGGAACCUGGAAGUGGGCAGCAUAUAUCCGUGCUGCAGUCAGAAAAGAGAAAGGUCUACCAAUCCUUGUAGAACUACUAAGAAUGGACAACGAUCGGGUUGUUUGCUCUGUUGCUACUGCCUUGAGGAACAUGGCCCUUGAUGUACGAAACAAAGAACUUAUAGGCAAAUAUGCAAUGCGGGAUCUUGUGCAUCGUCUUCCAGGAGGCUCAACACUAAUCAUGCUUUCUGAUGACACUGUUGCUGCUGUAUGCUGUGCUUUACAUGAGGUUACUAUAAAGAAUAUGGAGAAUGCAAAAGCAUUAGCUGACGCUGGAGGAGUUGAGAAACUCGUAAACAUUACAAAAGGGAAGGGAGAAAGGUAUUCGCUGAAAGUAGUUAAGGCAGCAGCUCAAGUCCUAAAUACAUUAUGGCAAUACCGUGACCUUCGCAGCAUUUAUAAAAAGGAUGGAUGGAAUCAAAGCCAUUUCAUUACACCAAUUUCUACACUGGAACGUGACAAACAUAAAUUUUCCACAUCUCACCCAACAUUAUCAACAACUAAUCAAAAUAUGUCACCUGUUCUUCAGUCUGUGGCUAGCACAACCUCUUCACCAGCACUCUUGGGAAUCAAGGAUCAACGAUCUAAUUAUGAGAAGACAAAGACUUCUGUGCAAUAUUACAACAGCCAAAGAGAUGGUAUAACACACAAAGAUUUGACCAUGGGUUCCAGUAAGCUGUCACCAAUUUACAUAGGUUCCUAUUCUUCGCCAGCAAAAGAGGAAUCUAGACGACUUCAUCAUCCACAGAUGUACUAUGGCCAAGAUGACUCAAGCAGAAGAAAUUAUGAUGCUUAUAGAAUGUAUAUGCAGUCUCCCCACAGUUAUGAAGACCCUUAUUUUGAUGACCAAAUUCAUUAUCCAGCAGUCACAGAUUAUACAUCACAACGUGGACUAAAAACCUCAACUAAUUAUGUAGACUUGUAUUCCACAACACGGCCGCCUUACCGAGCAGACCAGUACCCAGGAUCCCCAGACUCCUGGGUUUAAUAUUAGGAAGACAAAAUAGAAGAAAAAUGUCUUUUUGCUCCAUUUUUGAGAUUUGAUUGUAAGUAAUCAUUGAUGUAAAAGAUUUCCAGUGGAGACAGUGUGAAUGUAACUUUAAGGAAGGAAUUGAGGGUGUGGAUCUUUUGAAAAAGGAUAUGAAAGGAACAGCAAAGGAAAAUUGAUGCGUCUUUUAAGUCAGACUAGAUGUUAGAUUUCUUAUGUAGCUUUUAUAGUUUGGUGGUGGUGGUGUGGGCAAAGUGAUGAAAGGUUUGAGAUGGAAGAAAAUAGUUGGAUAAUGUGUGAGCAAAAUAAAAUGUGAAACUUCUGUGAAUAAAGUGUUACUUUUGGUUUGUACAGACAUUUUAAAUAUAUAUGUCCAUUUUGUUUUAUUGAAUUAUUGAAUCUUCAAAUUAUGUAUUCCAUACACCUUGUAAAUUUUGCUUUCUUUGGUGUAAAUAUGGAACUGCCAUGUGAACAAGGUUGAAAUCAUUUCUUAAAGGAGUGUCCUGUAUUGAAGUUAAUUUUAAAAUACAGGAGUCUUAAAAUAGAUGAAUUAAUCAAAAUGAAAAUAAGUACAUUUUGUUUUAAAGAAGUUUUGUAAUUUCAAAGAAUGUGUAUUUCCCAGUAAACUGAAAACUUAUUUUUCCAUUCCCAUUCUGUGGCUGGUUUCACUGCCAUUUGCUAUAUGCAUUUAUAAAUAAAUGUGAUCAUUCCA